AUGGCAUCAAGACCAGAACUGAAGGUUGACGACGAGGGUGGCUUUAUCCGCUCCUUCCGCGCAUUGCCACCAAAACCGGAUGGAAACAACACCAUCCGGGUGCUCGACCGAUCCGACUACUAUUCAGCGCACGGUGAUGAUGCAGAGUUCAUCGCAAGGACAGUGUACAAGACCACGGCUGUCAUCAGAAAUCUAGGUCGGUCGGAAAAUGCUCUACCCAGUGUCACUAUGUCCACGACGGUGUUCCGCAACCUCCUACGAGAGUCGCUCUUCAAACUUGGCAAGAGAGUUGAGAUAUGGGAGGCAAGCGGCAAAGGACAGUGGAAGCUGGCUCGUCAGGCCAGUCCCGGCAAUUUGCAGGCUGUUGAAGAAGAGCUCGGCUCAGGCAUGGACAGCCAGGGCGACAGCGCACCGAUUAUACUAGCCGUCAAGAUAAGCGCAAAAGCUGGAGAGGCCAGAAGCGUUGGUGUCUGCUUCGCUGAUGCUAGUGUGAGGGAGCUGGGUGUGAGCGAGUUUCUAGACAACGACCUCUAUUCCAACUUUGAGAGCCUCCUCAUCCAGCUGGGGGUCAAAGAGUGCAUUGUGGCCGGGAGUUUCCAGAAAAAGGAUCCCGAGCUGGCGAAGAUCAAACAAAUCGCUGAUUCAUGCAACGUCGCCAUCUCUGAGAGAGCCGCCUCGGACUGGGCGAGCAAGGAUAUUGAGCAGGAUCUGGCUAGGCUUCUGAAGGGCGAGAACGCCAUGGGACUUCUACCUCAGACCGACCUCAAACUAGCAAUGGGCAGUGCAGCAGCGCUGAUCAAAUACCUUGGUGUCAUGACGGAUCCCAGCAACUUCGGCCAAUAUCGACUGUAUCAGCACGACCUUGGUGGCUACAUGAAGCUUGACGCGGCUGCGCUCAGGGCUCUGAACCUUAUGCCUGGCCCAAGAGAUGGGGCGAAAAGCAUGAGCCUUUUCGGUCUGCUCAAUCAUUGCAAGACCCCCAUCGGGGGCCGCUUGCUCGCUCAAUGGCUCAAGCAGCCGCUGAUGAGCUUAACAGAAAUUGAAAAGAGGCAGCAACUUGUGGAAGCUUUCCUCACGGACACCGAACUUCGUCAGACCAUGCAAGAAGAGCAUCUGCGGUCAAUCCCGGAUCUAUACCGCCUGGCCAAGAAGUUCCAGCGAAAGCUAGCAAAUCUCGAAGACGUAGUCCGCGCAUAUCAAGUCGUCAUACGGCUUCCAGGCUUCAUCGAAGCAUUGGAAACCGUGGUCGACGAGCAAUACCAGAUCCCUCUCAAUGAGCAGUACACGUCGAAAUUGAAAGACCUGGCUGGUUUCCUAGGCAAACUGGCCGAGAUGGUGGAAACAACAGUUGACCUCGAUGCCCUCGACCGCCACGAGUUCAUCAUCAAACCAGAAUUUGACGAGAAGCUAAAAGUGAUCCGCUCCAAACUCGACAAAAUCAAACAUGCAAUGGAUGCAGAAUAUCGACGAGUGGGCAAAGAUCUUAAUCAAGAGCUUGACAAGAAACUUUUCCUUGAGAACCACAGAGUGCACGGUCAUGUGUUCAGGCUUACGCGCACCGAAGCUGGGUGUAUACGAAACAAGAAGGACUACAAAGAAGUCUCUACGCAAAAGAAUGGCGUCUUUUUCACCACAAAUACCAUGCAGGAAUUAAGACGAGAACAUGAUCGGCUCUCGGGGUCUUACAACCACCAGCAAAAUUCGCUGGUAUCCGAGGUCGUGGGCGUGGCUUCGUCAUAUACUCCGGUGAUUGAACAGCUAGCAGCCAUUAUCGCCCACCUUGACGUGGUAGUCAGCCUGGCUCAUGCAUCGGUGCAUGCUCCGACAGCGUACGUUCGCCCGAAAAUGCACGAACGAGGCACCGGGGAUACCAUCUUGAAAGAAGCACGCCAUCCCUGCAUGGAAGCUCAGGACGACAUCAACUUCAUCACGAACGAUGUGGAACUCAAGCGGGACAGCUCAAGGUUUCUCAUCAUUACAGGUCCCAACAUGGGUGGCAAGUCCACGUACAUCCGUACAAUCGGCUGUAUCGCUCUUAUGGCGCAAAUCGGCUGCUUCGUGCCCUGUUCAGAAGCGGCGCUGACAAUAUUUGACUGCAUUCUUGCUCGUGUGGGAGCAUCUGACUCACAGCUUAAGGGUGUCUCAACGUUUAUGGCCGAGAUGCUCGAGACUGCGAAUAUCCUCAAGAGCGCUACGCAAGAUUCCUUGAUCAUCAUCGAUGAACUCGGUCGCGGCACGAGUACAUAUGACGGGUUCGGUCUCGCCUGGGCAAUCAGCGAGGAAAUCGUUGCUCAAAUAGGUGCAUUUGGAUGUUUUGCCACGCAUUUCCAUGAGUUGACUGCAUUAGCCGACAAGUUCCCCAACGCGGUCAAGAAUCUUCAUGUCGUUGCAUUUGUGGGCGAUCAAGACACGAACAUGACGAAUGCCGACGAUCCUUCGUCUAAGAAGCGAAGAGAAGUCACAUUGUUGUACAGAGUCGAGCCCGGCAUCAGCGAUCAGAGUUUCGGCAUCCACGUGGCUGAACUUGUCCGCUUCCCAGAGAAAGUUGUCAACAUGGCACGCCGCAAGGCCGAAGAGCUUGAGGAUUUCACGAGUGCAGGAGGAGAAGCCAAGGCGGAGGACUUCUCGAAGGAGGAUGCAGAUGAAGCAAACAAGCUGUUAAAGGAGAUGCUGAAAGACUGGAAGCAACAGAUCGAAGAAAGAGGGAAUAUGAGCAAAGAUGAAAAGCUACAACUGAUGAGAGAAAUGGUAAAGAAAGAUGAGAGGCUGAUGGGAAACCCAUUUUUCCAGUCUGUUCAAACACUGUAA